UACUCUUACAACAGUAUUAACAGUAUAACAACUGAGGCGAAGCUUCCUUGGUGGUGAAUUAUCACGGAAUGAAGCUCUCAUUAACCGAAUUUUGAUCGGUAUGGCUCUUUAUUUCAAAAGGACAUUAUGUUCAAUAUUAUAAUUGGCAGAACGUGGUAAAAGACAAUCGUUGCCGCGAAACGAUUGUAACCGUGAAUCUCAGGGCUGCUGUAGUUCCCUUGGUAACUAGUUCAACCUUUCAUAGAAUGCUUUUUCAACCAUUCCGCGUAGAAAAAGAGCAGCUUACGAACAAGUGUUGUAAAUGGAAAUCAUGUUGAUGUGUAAUUUGGAGUGACAAGUCUGGUUUGACUCACGCAAAAUGAAAGCAAUUUAUCACGUACGAACUGCACUGGAACGUUUGUGGAAACGAAAAAUGGUGAAAGUUGGAGUCGUUUUGUUCCUAGUAUUUGAAUUCGUAGUAUUUGUUAGAUUUGAUAAAUUAACCAGAUUAUUCAACGAAAGAAACAAAACGGCAGUUGCACAAGAAAAUUCGACCGGUUUGCAGAUGACGAUUAAAGAAUCUCCCAAAGCGCUCAACAUGUCAGGUUUCUUAAAUUUGCAUUUGUGGUCAGAUACUUGUGCGAAAAACUUAGACAUUUUGUGUAAUUUUCCUAUGUUUCCAAGAGCUCCAGCUCAAAGACUUGUGCUGAAAAAAACGGUAAUUACGGGCAACUUGACACAGGCGAAGGAAAUGAGGUUGUUUGGGUAUAUAAACCCGAACGAAUCUGGCUUGUUUCUUUUCAUGGUUAAAUUUUGCACUGCUGAAGUCCAUCUUGGCUACCACAAGAACUGGAAAGAAGCAAUGAAGAUCAUAUCCUUAGAUGCUGGAAAAUUUCCUGAAAACAAGUCAGACUCUCAAGUUUCCUCAGCAAUUGAUCUGGUAGCUGGAGAGAAAUAUUUCAUAGACAUAGUUGCCAUUUGUGUUCACAGCAUUAACAAGUUACAACUUUUGUGGAAAACUCCAAGUAGCUCUGGUUUUGAAAUCAUAAACUCAACAUUUUUAUUCCCAAACAUGGAUGACAGCAGCUCAUUUAAUUUGAAUUUUUACGAUGAACACAUACCAGAUUCUCAAGCCUGUGCUCUGAGAAGGAAUGAAACAAUUUAUUUUAAAUUGCCAAGUCAAAUGAGUCACUUAUCACAUGAGCAAGUGAAAAAUAUCUUACCAUAUUGUGAGUAUAAACCAAGUUACAAUUUGAAUCGCAGAGUAUCGGGAUAUGAAGCUGUGACAUAUCGUGUUGUUCAUUCAUUUAUAUACCCAUUUCCUGAACAUGAACAACUUAGAGACCAAAAAAACUGGAUUUAUGCACUUGGAGAAAAUGAGACAAAAGAUGUUGUUUACACCUUCAUGGAGGCACUUGGCAGUAAAGAACCGAGGAGGUUUGAACUGAUGAAAAUAAGAAAUGUGGAAAGAAAGACAGAUCCAAAAAGAGGCGACCGAUAUCUGAUCGAAGUUGAGCUGCUUGAUCUAACAAGCAGCAGCAAAGUGAUGUUAUCUGAAUAUGUGUUCUUGGCCAAAGGAGAAAAGAAACUUUGUUACCCAACGGGAUUUCAGUGGAACAGAACGGUCGAUGUUUAUCUGGUGGCAACAGCAAAAAAUCUUGGAAGAUGGCUGCAUCAUUUUAUUAAAAACGUCGAGAAGAUUAUACAUGAAACGAACGAUCAAAAUCUUCAUGUUGUGAUUUACGAUUACAACAGCUCUGACAUCAACUUGGAAAAGGUUUUAAAGGACAGUUCUCUGACAAAUUACAUGUUCAGAAGAGAGAGUGGGAAAUAUUCGCGGACGCAUUCCUUUACUGAGGCAAUAAAACUCGUAUCAAACCCGCACAGUAUUAUUGUCAUGGUGGAUCUUCAUCUCCAUAUCGCUGCGCCAUUUAUCAACAGCGUUCGAAAACAUUGUAUCGAAGGUCGUAUGGUUUACACGCCGAUCAUUGUUCAAAUGGCCUGCGGUUCUAAUCCGGCAAACUUGGUCGGACUGUGGCAAGUGUAUGGUUAUGGGAUAAUAGGAUUAUACAAGUCGGACUGGGACCGAGCCGGGGGAUUCGGGAUGAAUAAAAACAGCUGGGGAGGAGAGGACUGGAUACUAAUGGACCGGCUUGUCAGUGUAGGACUGGAGUUUGAACGCAUGCGCACUCCUUAUGUAUACCAUUAUUACCAUUCAAAGAAGGGACUGUGGUGAUUCAAGGUCUUGUUCAAAUUUUUUAGAGCAAUUAUAAGUUGUUUAAGAGAA